GCUCCCUGCAGCCAUCGCCGCCACUGCCCUCCCGUUCCUCUCCCUUCAGCAAGCUCGCCGCCGUCGCUGCUCUCCCAUCAGGCGCCGUCGGCGGUGCAGGACGCCGCUGGCGUCUUGGGAUUCAGCAGCAGCAGGAGGAGGGCCAACGGAUCUAGGAGGGGGAGCACCCGCACCUCGUCAGCCGCCGCCGACGCGAGGAGGGAGACCGUGGAUGGAGAUUGCGCGGUCCGCCGCCGCCGUGGGCUGAGGAGCACCAGAGGAUCUACACCGACUGGUUCGUCCUCGCCGAUCCAGAUGGAGACGGGCGCGUCACGGGCGCCAAUGCCACCAAGUUCUUGGCCAUGUCCGGCCUCUCCCUCGCGGACCUCAAGCAGGUCAGUGAACCGUCCGCCGAUACCUCGAGAUGCCAUUGCUAAAUGGGGGCUCCCCUCCCCAUCCAUGCCGCCACCAAGGCAUGUGCCGAGGUUGUAAUGGAAGCUGUUAUUAAGCUGCAUAAUAUCCAACACAAGGGGGUUGCAGACUUGGUGACAGAAGACAACCCCUUGCUGUCGCUCUCCUUCUCAUCCACGCCCCUUGCUGAUGCUGCCCUCCUUCUCAUUGGUGGCCUCAUCUUCCUCCUCCCCAUCGGCGGUUGCGACCAAGCCAUCACCAAAGGCCCCCCCAACAGAAAGUGGUUUGUUGUGUUCCGCCUCGUCCUGGCCUUCGUCCGUUUUGUGCUCAACAUGGUCUUCCUACGUAGGCUGAGUCCACGGACCUGCAGGGAGGAGCCGCUGCUUGUUAGUUUGUUAUAGGUUACUGCUUAUUAGUUUGGUCAUGGUGCUUGUUAGUUUACUGCUCCAGUAACAAAAGGAUGCGCCUACCUAGAAAGGUUAGACAGAGGUUAUCAACUAACUUUAGGCUGCAUUCGGUUUGUAGGUAUAGAAAACUCAAGACCAGAAAACUACAAAGGAAUACAAUUGAUUGUACAGUACCAGCCUAUGGGGUUGUAAAACAGACGAAGAGAAGCAUGCGGGGCGUUCGAAGCGUAGGUGUGAAAAGCUUUGUUACCGACGAGACUGUGUACGUUGUGGUGGUAUUUUUUAUUCGCAUGUUACGCUGUCAGUUUGUCUCUUGCCUCAUGCAUGGCUGUACUGUUUAGGUUUUUUAUUCGAAGUUGUGUCGCUUUGCCUCGGGCAUCCGCCCAAAAAUGAGAUUGUAGUGGAUUUUUGCAAUCCUCUGGAAUGAGCACUCGAAUGCAGGGUUUCCUUCAAAUUUCUGUAGCACAAUCAUAUGAAGCGAACGGUUCAGAGGUAGACAAAACUACGGGUUUGCAAACCUGUAGAUUUCCUUUGUUUUUCCUGCAGACCGAACGGAGCCUUAUAUCAUGCGCCUUAUAUGCUUGUGCAAGAAAUCCAAUUAAAAUUGGUCCGUUGUCCUGCGCCUAUAUGUUCCUUUGCGGCUCAUUUAUCAGUCACAUAUUUAUGUUUUCUCUAUACCACGCUCAGGUUGACCCUCAUUUAUCAGUCACAUAUUUAUGUUUUUCUCUAUGCCAUUUCCAAACACUCAGGUUGACCAUACUAUUGUGGGAAUUUUUGGCAGAAUGGUUCUUGAUACUAUGUUGGAUCAUCUUGGAAUUCCUAGAGCUAUUUACCGGAGAAGGAUGUACUCACAGAACACAUUGACUGUCAAUGUGCUUUUCUACUGGAGAAAGAUGCACGCAUUUGAGUAUUUCUGUUAGCCAUGUUGGUAAACAAAUGUUUAUUGUAUCCUUACAAUGUUUAUUUCCACCAGCAAAACACUACUGAUCGGCGAUUGGAGCUAUGCUUCCAGCGGUAUCACUUGCCAUGAUGAGCUACACCAUUGAUUCAUUUUGUGUACUUAUCAAGGAUGCUAUCGGAUUUUGUCACUUGCCUUUUGUAUGCCUUGCUUUCUGUACUGUACUGUCCAACUGCCCUGUAAUGUCCUACUUGGUUUUCGGGCAUUUCUUUGUAAACGACUUGUGCUAAUUAUUACCAAUGGUCUUUAGAUU